CAACUUGCAAAUAACAUCAAAGACUAAAAGGGUGCUCGGAAACUGAAUGGAUGAAUUGGAAAAUAGUUCACUUAUGGACAGAUAUUACAAUGUCCUAUAAGGCAUUAGGCCUACAAAAAUAUUGAGAACAAGUUCAGCAAUACAAACGAACAGGCCUAACAUAACAUAACCUAUAAAAAAAAGUUGGUUCGGAUUUCGAAAUUUUGUAAAUUUUCACAAGAUUUUUUCUGAAAAAUGUGGAAAACUAUAGGGACUUCCCUAUCUGUCAUAUCAAAACAAAAAGACAUCCUCCAACCUGCCAAAGAGUUAGCGAAUCAACAACUGCGGACUACAUACAUUUUACGACGUAAACACCCCACUCAACUCCAUGCCAAGGGCGAGAAUCCAAAAACCCUUCGAAGUAGGCAUUACAUCUAUGAGGUAGUAGAAGACACUACAAGUGUGAAGCAUCCUAAUCUUGAUGUCAUUCUCACCUCCUAUGUAGAGGGAUACGGAAAUGUCGGCGACAGAGUGUCUGUAAGACCGAAUUUUGCUUACAAUAACCUACUUCUACCUGGAUUGGCCGUUUAUGCCAGUCCUGAAAACUUGGAAAAAUUCCAGAACAAACAAGAUGACAAAGACAUAAUUAGAUAUAGCUCAGCCAAUGCAUUAUAUACUGUUAAAUCACUUCAAAGGGUCUUGCUUUCUGUCAUCAUGAACAUGGAGAUGCCUUGGACCCUGAAGCCAUGGCACAUCUCAACUUCCUUUCGAAAGUGUGGAUAUGUGGUUCCAGAAGACACUAUAACACUACCAGAACAGCCAAUUUCAGGCCCCAAUAUGGAUUUGGAAAACAAAGAAUUUGCCAUCACAGUAACAAUAAACAACAAAGAAAAGGUAGAUGUGAGAUGUAGAAUUCACCACUGGAGUACAGAUAUAAGUGAAAGAAUUCCACAUACUCCCCAGUUUUGGGAAACUCCAAGUGAGCCUAUUUUGCCAGAACAAGCACCAAUUUUAGAAGCAAUACCUCCAAGACCACCAGCUAAGAAUAGAUCUGCUCAAUUAAAUUAAUUUAAUGAAUCAUGUUUUUUUAAUUUUCCAAUGGGGGCUAACAUUUUAACCAGUUGGUGCUACUAAAACAUGAGGUCAAAGUCAAAAUGAAAAAUCCUGAAAUUUUACAGGAUAGCACUAAACGCUAUAGCCUGUUUCAUCAGUGGAAUAUUUCAACAAAUAGACAAUGGUUUGCUGGAAAAUAAAUGUUAGCCCUCUAGCUUGUCUAAAAAAAUAUUAAAAAUUGUCAUUUGAGGUC